UCGUGUACUAUUUGUUUACAUCCUCUGUUCCAAUCAGCGCUGGGUCUUAGCGCAUGCGCGCUGCGUUUUCUCCCCCUUUUUGAAAUUUCAAAUGGUCCAAUCAGAGAAGAGGAGGCGUUCACCCCCGGCAGUUUCAAAACCGGAUGCGAGAGCCUGAGCUGACGUUACUUGAACGUGUGCUGAGCCACCGCGGAGGGCAACAAACAGUUCGAUCAGGAAGAGGAAGAGGAAGAGGAAGAGGAAGCGGAAGUCCGAGAGACAUGGAGGAGGAAGAGGAACAAGAGGCCGUGUCGAUACUCUCCAGAAAAGAGCUGCGUAAACAGAAGUUUAUGGAAUACUUGGCAGCAAAAGGAAAGCUGAAACCGCCCAACCCAAAACCGUACCUACGUGACAACUGUCAGGUUAAGAAGCACGUGACAACUUCACUAGAGGGAAAGGAGAACAAGGCUCCAGCUGACAGGAUCACAAAUGGAGGCGCAAAAACUCUGGUUGCUCAACCCACAAAACGCACUGCUGCUACUGCUGCUUCCAGGAAAACAUUUGGUGACUCAAACAAAGUGAGCGUAAAAGCCAACGUCCUGAUUGGACGGCAGAAUGCCGAUCGCCCGGCUCAGCCGAGACUGAAUCGGAUCCCCGCGCCCACCGGAAGGUCAACGGUUCUGUCCUCCAGAUGCGACCCGAUGAAUGCAGCGGGCCGUCUCAAGAAGCAGCCGAGUGCAGGGAUGCCACCGUCUGGCAGAUCCCAUUCGAGCGCAUCUCGUACAGCAGUGACGAAGCCAAGCGGCCGAUUCGGCUCAAGGGCCGCCGGGUCGUGUCCACCGACGCCGGUCAGCGUCAGGAUGAGUCUCGGCCCGAUGGUCAAAACAAAAACGGGACUAAUUCCCGCAGUGACCCAGCCCAGAAACGGUCCAAGUCAACACUUGAAGCCCAGCUCGGCCGUGGCAGAGGGCCCCAUCACCUCCGCCACUGCAGCUAAAAAGACGCAAUCCAGCAGUUUGCCACCGGUUUCUGUUUCCCGGAAGCCCGCCGUGACUCAGAGGAAACCAUUACCUACCGCUUCUCUAAACCACCUCGAGAGACUAAGAGCUGGGAUUAAAGUUCCAAAUCAGAGCAAGUCUAAUAACUCUAAACCCCCUUUGAGUAGAAAUAUUCAGCCAUCUGCGAAGAUUCCUCUAUCAAGUGGACCGAAAUCCACGGCAGCACCGUUUAAGCCACAAGGGAGAGCGGCGGCUCAGCCCACAGACCGGUUCACAAAGCAGAGAUCUGAAGGCGGCGGGCAGAAAAAUAGCCAACCGUGCAAAGCCGCCCCCCGAGCGUCCUCUGGGCCGGCGAGCAGUCGCGGUUCCCGAGCGGUCGGCGGCGUCCCGCGAGCUGCUGUGGCCGAGCCGGGAGGGAAACCCGCAACGCGGAACACACGGGACGAGGCGGACGGCAACAAGGGGCGCGGUUCGACCAAAGCCCCUCCAACGCAGACGGGUAUGAAAAGAGCGAGCGCUCCGGGGACGUCCCGCGCGCCGCCGCGGCCCGGCAGGACCAUCGACCGCACGGGUCGGCCCGCAGACGCCAAGACGCCGAAGGUCUCCGCCGAGGCCGUUCCCCCGACGGAGGGGAAGAAACUGACCGCUGCCCAGGAGGAGAGGAUGAGAAAACUACAGGAAUGGCGGGAGGCCAAAGGCAUUUCCUACAAGCGCCCCCCGAUGCCGGUGAAGCCUCAGGUCCGCCGGCAUACCGCGGCCGCGCCGCAGCCUUUCUGGAACGCCAUGAACGAGGAAGACGAGGCCCAGUCCCUCAUCAGCGCCGUGGACCGAUCCCUGGAGGACUGCAUCAAACUGCUUCGAGAGGGUUGCCCUCCAGGCCCGGUGAGGGAGGUUCUCGCUCGGCUGCCGGCGGUGUCCAAGAAGUUCGCCAAAUACUGGAUCUGUCAGGCCCGCCUGCUGGAGCAAGAGGGCCACCUGGAUGUGCUGCCCAUGUUCGAAGAGGCCGUCAGUGUCGUGUUGGAGCCGGUGGACGAGCUGCGUGCCGUGGUGUUUGAGAUCCUGAAGAAAAGGGACGAGAUCCACGGUCUGUUGGAGAAGGAGGCGGACCGAAGUCCGACGUGCGAACGCACCCCGGAGAGCACCGACGACCCGACGGCGACCCCCAAGCCGGUCCGAGCUCUCCUCCGCGGAGAGAAAGGAGACUCGUCCGUCGUCAAGUACAAGAUCACGGCGACUCCCGGCGGCCCCCCGAGGCAGCAGGCGGAGCCGGCGCGGGUCAACGGCCAGGAGGUGCGCUUCUUCACUCCGGUCCGACGCUCUGUGCGAAUCGAGCGCUCCUCCCUCCGAUACCCGGCGUCCCUCCAGGACCACGACCUCUGCGUGUCCUCCUACGGCGACCUGAUCCACGAGGAGGAGGACGGAGGGCGCGGGGACGAGCGGGAGGCCGGGGGGUCGAGCCCGAUGUACGUCUACAGGCGGAACGACGCGCUCGAGGACAAAGUGUUCGUCCAGCUGGUCUACGAUGACGCCGUCUAAGCGUCGCUCGGGAGAACGUCACCCCGAACCCGCACUCUGGUGACAUCUCACCCUGAAAAGAAGGCGUUGUAUCCCUGUGAAGAAAAGAAGAGACGAAACUCGCUCAUGAAAAUAAAAUGUUAUUUUGUUUUAGCAUUUUUGUCUCUGUAUUUGUUCAGAUAAUGUGUUGUACAUAGUAAUAUGAAAUAAACGUGUGUUUUUUUUUAUUUU